AUGCGAUACGUUGCAGCAUACAUGUUGGCUGCAAUAGGUGGAAGGCACGGCGUUUCAAAAAUUGAUAUUGAAAAUAUUCUUGGUGCAGUUGGAAUUGAUUGUGAUAAUGAACAGGCAGCGGCAGUUGUGCAAAAAAUGAGUGGUAAAACAAUUGAUGAAUUAAUUGCUAACGGAUCUCGUUAUCUUGCUGUAGUUUCUUCGAUAACUUCUUCAGCCACUUCAGAUAUAAAAGGUGCACCAGCAGUUGAAACAAAUAAAGAAGAAAAGAAGGAAGAAAAAGAAGAAUCAGAUGAUGAUAUGGGCUUCGGAUUAUUUGAUUAA